AUGAUCUGGUCGUCAGUUCUACUGGGCCUCGCAGGUCUGUAUGCUUUCGACUAUUUUCGUCGUCUUUUCAACAACAUCCGCCUAGCUCAGCGCACAGGGCUUCCAUACACCGUGUUGCCAUUUGCUGGGAAUAGUUUGCAGGUGAAAAUACUGCUCAGUAUUAGAUGGCUGCCGUAUAUCAUCAACCACUGGCUCCCUGGCUGGCUGGCCGAUAUCAUAAACGACGAAACCUAUGAUUAUCGAUGGACCGUUAAAGAUCGACGUGCAAAAAAGCUAGGGAAAAUGUAUAUGGUCGUCACAGCGGAGAAUAUAGUUUGCCAUAUUGCCGAUGCUUCCCUCGUCACACAGAUAUGCAAUGCACGUCAAAGCUUCCCCAAGCCGAUUUGGCAAUAUGCACCAACCUUCAACGAGAAGAAUAGUGCACUUGUCUGGGAAGAGUCUAUCCGUCAGAUGACAGAGAUGCUCCAUCACUGGCAGGUAGCUGGCACAUCAGAGAAGCUGCACGGGUUCGUUGUAGCAAGUACGAGGGGAGACCUCCUAAAAUUCAGUUUGAAUGUCCUCUGUGGUGCUGGCUUCGGCGUAAAACUUCCCUUCAAGCAAUUACCACAAGAGUCGACCAACGACCCCAAUGACGUCUUCAAAGAUACAGAAAAGCCUCCAGAGGGGUUCAGCUUCACCUUCCGAUCUGCGGUGGCGUACAUGAACCUAAGGAUUAUGACAGUGGUUUUAGCAACUAUGGUCAUACCAAAAUGGAUUCCCAGAGCAUUGAUGCCAUGGCUUAAAUCGGACUUUGAAGCCCAUAGGGACUUAGAGGCUUAUUUGCGGAAAUUGAUCAGCAUGGGGAAAGCUGAGAAGACAGCUGACAAGCCUGACAACAGUCAAAACUUGGUCCAAGGACUAUUAAUGUCCAGAAACAAAGAGGCAGCAAGUGGGAGCUCAAAAGGCAUUGGACUUACCGAUUUGGAAAUCAUUGGGAAUAUGCAUAUUUUCACCAUUGCAGGACAUGAAACCACGGCAACCUCUUUGCGAUUUACUCUGCUACUCUUAGCAUUACAUCAGGACGUUCAAGACUGGUUAUACGAAGGUGUUCUUGAGGCGGCCCACGGUGAACCCAAAGACGUUGCUCAAUGGGAUUAUCACCGCAUGUUCCCUAAGCUGAUUACACCAUUAUGCGUGAUGCUUGAGGUCCUCCGCCUCUACCCCCCUGUAGUGACGGUACCUAAAAGCACAUCCGAAACCCCAAGCCCCCUCACCUAUCAAGGCAAGCAGUACGUCCUCCCGCCGCGAGUCAACAUUAAUCUCAACACAAAUUGCCUCCACUAUUCAGAACAAUACUGGGGCCCAGAUGUUGCAAUAUUCUAUCCUCAAAGAUGGGAUGCAAGAAACCAGAACAGCUUUCUCGCAAAGAAUGCGUCGACACAAGGACUUGCUGGACCUGGUCUAGAAUUUCCUACCGUUCACAAACCGGUAAGGGGGGCAUUCAUUCCUUUCAGCGAUGGGUUUCGGGCUUGUCUGGGAAAGAAAUUUGCCCAAGUCGAAUUCAUUGCCGCGUUGUCAGCUCUUUCCCGGAAUUAUAAGGUCGAAUUAGCAGAUGACAGCCCAGAGGGCCGUAAUGAUGCGGAAAGAGUGUUAAGAGAGAGCACCUCAGUGCUGACACUAUCGAUGAGAGAGGAUGUUCCAAUACGGUUUCAGAGGAGAAAGGACUAG